UAAAUUUCCUAUCACAUCACCUGUUACCAUCUUCUAUAAAUUAGAAACUCUCCCACGGUACUUGUGAUAAGAGUGAGGUUACUAAGCUUUCCAAGCCAACAUAACUUCUUCCACGGCCCUUUUUGUCAAUCAAGUCUAGAAAUGGAGUUGGAUAAUGCAGUCAAGUUCUUUCAAGGCAAGACCAUAUUAAUCACAGGUGCAACUGGAUUUUUGGCCAAGGUUUUUGUCGAGAAGAUACUAAGGAUUCAACCGAAUGUCAAUAAGCUUUAUCUUCUUGUGAGAGCUUCAAAUAACAAAUCGGCCAAACAACGGUUAUAUGAUGAGAUCAUAAGCAAAGAAUUGUUUAAGAUUCUUCGCAAUAAUUGGGGUUCGAAAUUUGAUGCUUUGAUAUCAAAUAAGGUGAAAGCAGUAGCAGGUGAUAUAUCUUUUGAAAACCUGGGAUUGAAUGAUUCAGAAUUAAGAGAAGAAAUGCAGAAGGAAAUCCAAAUUAUAGUAAAUGUGGCUGCCUCAACAGACUUCAGUGAAAGGUAUGACGAUGCGCUGGACAUCAAUACAUUUGGAGCUUUCAAUGUUUUAAAUUUUGGAAAGAAAUGCGAUAAAGUAAAAUUAUUUCUCCACAUUUCAACCGCUUAUGUAUGCGGCGAAGAGAUAGGAAUAAUAUUAGAGAAAUUGAAAAGAAGAAAUGACAUGAACAUUUUUGAAGAAAAGAGACUUGCUGAGGAACAACUAAGCCAACUACAAAAUCAGUGCAUCCCAGAUAAAGCAAUAACAUCGUCAAUGAAGGAAUUCGGCCUUGAAAGGGCAAAAUUGAAUGGGUGGCCAAAUACGUAUGUAUUUACAAAGGCAAUGGGAGAGAUGCUUUUAGAGAGAUUCAAAGGGGAUUUGCCUCUUGUUAUAAUACGCCCCACAAUAAUUGCAAGCACUUACAAACAACCUUUCCCUGGUUGGAUUGAAGGUGUCAGAACCAUAGAUAGCGUCCUCGUGAAUUAUGGAAAAGGGAAGCUGACAUGUUUUCCUGGCAAUCUUAACUCUGCUCUUGAUGUGAUACCAGUAGAUAUGGUGGUGAAUGUCAUGGUUGUGGCCAUAGAAGUUCAUUAUGCACAGCAUCAAUAUUCUUGUGAGACCAUUUACCAUGUUGGAACCUCAUCCAAAAAUCCUUUAAAACUAUCAGAUCUGCGAAAUCUUUCGCAUUAUUAUUUCACUAAAAACCCAUGGAUCGAUACAAAUGGGCAGAAAGUAGAAGCUGGUAAAUUGAUAGUGUUUAGCACAAUUAAUAGAUUUUUCCUAUACAUGAAAAUCAAAUAUGUGCUCCCACUGAAGGUAUGUUCUUAAUUUUUACUUUUAUCAAGUAUUUU